UGUGUGUGUGUGUGUAAAUGAGUGUGCGCAUGUCCUUGUGAGGGUAAAUCGAGGCAGCACAGCUCGGCAAACACACUACAGACUACAGACAUGAAUCACCUACUGAAAGUUCCACUUUUGGCCAGACGUGCCUUCAGCAGCUCCGCCAGACAAAUGAAGAACAGAGUCCCUGAGGCCCAGAAAAUCUUCCAGGAGGACAAUGGACUGCCGGUCCACCUGAAGGGAGGAACUCGUGAUGUUCUUUUUUACCGAGCCACCAUGACUCUGACCAUCGGAGGAACCUUCUACAGUCUGUACUUGCUGUUCAUGGCCGCGAUGCCUCAGAAGAAACAUUAGUGAGAAAACAUUGUUCACCGGGUUCAGUCGGUCACAUGGACACAUGGACAACGACACUCGAAGCACGUUUGUUGUGUACAGUAACUACAAUUCAUUUGAUUGUUUUUAAAUCUAAACCUUUAUUUCAUCAUGUCAGUGGUGAACAUGUAAAAAACAUAUGUAAAGGAGCAUUUCACUUCAAUAAAAAAAAUAAAAAAUAAAUCUGU